GCAGAAAUGGAUGCAGCACUCCAGAAGAAAUGGAGCAGAGUUUUCUGAAAGCAUACCAUGGACCUUGUAGAAGUUUGAUCAUACUUGUUGAACCGUGGCCACAGUGUCUGGGUCCUCCCUGAAAGCUCAGAUUUCCCUCUUAUGCAUAGCACAGCCUGGAGAGAAGGUUAAAAUGAAGAUUUAUAAUUAGUGAUGCAAGGUUCCCUUCAAGUACUGAAAGGCUUCAGUGAGCCCCUGGGUCAAUUUCUUCAGCUCCUCUGGACCCACUCCAACAGGUUAAUGUCCUUCUUGUGCCAAAGGUUCCAGAAUUGAAAGCAGUACUUCAGAGCACAAGAGGUACUAACACUGCUGAGGAGACGAAGGUGCUUUUACCCGACGAGGGAUCCAGGAGAACCGACGGAAGGAGGCGGCGGAGAAGCAUCCUGAGGCGGCAUCCCGGCGCGGUCUGUCCCGUCCUUGGCACGUCUUGUCGCGGCUGGCUGCCGCUUCCCGGGCUAUGGGCCGGCCCGACUGAGAUCCGCGGGGACCGACCCGCAUUUUGCCCGGCGUUGCGCGGAGCGCCGGCGGCCGAGACGGGUCGGCAGGAGCGCACACUUGGGGGAAGAUGCCUUUGGCGGGGUGGACGGCGGCCGGGCUCCUCCUCUGCGGGGCUGCCUUUGGUCUCUACUUCCCCAGGAAAGAGUACUCAGAGAAUGUCUACAUUGAUCAGCCAGCAGGUACGCCGCUCCUGCGCAUCCAUGCCUUGAGGGAUUCGCACGGGGAAGUGGCCCACUUCCACCUCUGCCAGAACCUUGUAAUUUCACGAGCAAGAUCCCAUGAAAACCAUUGGUUUCAAAUCAGAGAAAAAACAGGACUUCUCUGCCUCAGCAAAAGCCUGGAUAGAGAAGACUUCAACAUGUUGUCUGUAGGAAACUCGAUGCAAUUAUCAAAGGUGAUGCUGUAUGUCUUCCUUUCACCCCAUCCUUUCCAAGAGAAGGAAUGCGACUCUGCUACACGUACCACUGUUUUCCUCUCCUUGAUCAAUGCUUCUGCCCCAGUUUGCAGUUCCCUGACAGCAAGGCAGCUUUGCUUCACAGAAAUGGAUCUCUCCUUUCACAUCAAGGAGAAUAAACCACCUGGCACAUUUCAUCAGCUUCAGUUACCCUCAGUUCAUCAUCUGUGUCAGAAUCUCAGCAUUUCCUACAAACUGCUGGCAGCUGAAGGCUUGCCCUUUCGAUACAACGAGAACACCACUGGUGUGAGUGUGACACAGCGCCUAGAUCGAGAAGAGAGAGAGAGGUACGAGCUGAUCGCCAAGUGCACCGUGAGGGAAGGCUUCCGGGAAGCGCAGGUUGAGGUGCCCUUCCUGGUGAAUGUCUUGGAUGAGGACGACUCUCCUCCCUUCCUUCCCAAUGGCACUGAUACUGCAGAUGCUGUUGUGGAGUUCAAUAGGAAAGAGGGAACAGUUCUUGCAACACUAAUUGUAUAUGAUGCAGACACCACACCUAUUUAUCCCCUUGAAAGCAGCAGAAAGAAAUACACAGGAAUGAUCAUUACUGAUGAUCCCUGGAUAAGUGAAACGUUCCGGGUGGAGCAUGUCUUUGAUGAAAUCCACUUCAGCCCAAACGGCAGUCAAGUGAGAGGAACUCGACAUGAGUACAAGCUGGUACUGAAUAAAAGUAUUUCAGUCACAGACCAUCGUUCGUUCCAGCUGGAUGUUUUGGUGAACGACACAGAAUUUCAUGGCCCAGAAAGAUCAGUCAUGCUUCAUUUCAACGUCUCCAUCCUCCCUGUCAGCAUUCAGUUUCCAAACACAACUUACCAGUUCUCAGUGAACAGAAAUGCUGAACGCUUUGCACAAAUAGGAAAAAUCUGCAUUGAAAAUUGUAUGAAAUUCCGUGGUGUGAACAUCACCUACAAGUUACUGUCCCCCAAUAUAAGCUGCUAUCCUGUCAGCAUACUUCAAGGCCGAGAGGACAAGUUUGGAAGCCUUUAUGUGAACGAUUCCUCUGUGCUGAGCAGACCUGAAUGCAGAGAAAUACAAUACACUAUUCAAGCUACAGACAAGCAGAGCAGGAAACAUGCCAAAACUCUCCUCACUAUUGUAUUGGAAGGAACUCUUCUAAGGAAAGAAGAGGACUGCCCUGACUCUUGUGCUCAGAGUAAGCACCAUGCCGAAUGUGAAGAGUGUGGUGGCCUAGGCGUGCUAACGGGAAGAUGCCAGUGGAGACAGGGAAGUGGAAAAGGGAUCACCACAAAUUAUUCCACAUGCACCCCAAGUAUCAAGACUUGCCCAGAUGGCAUCUGUGACGUGGUUGAGAGCAAGGAACCAUCUGUGUGCCCCCAGGACUGCACAAGUGGAAACAUUAUUGGUGGUCAUGGGAAAGGCACUGGAAAUCUUGGAAUUAAGUCAGGACAUGGGAUUUGUUACUGCUUCCCAAAACAGAACUGUUAUUGUGAGAAAGAUGAUAUCAAGGAGCAACUUUGUGAUGACAUGUGCAAGACUGUGAUAGCAGGGGCAGUGCUGGUGUCCUUCAUCAUCUCUGUGAUGCUUUCUUACUACUUCAUCCAUCGUUACCACAAGAAUUCUCCAAAGCCUCCUAUUGCCUCAGCAGAAAUGACGUUCCGGCGCCCAGCCCAGUCCUACCCCAUCAGUUACUCUUCAACCAACGUCCGACGGCCUUCUUUAGAUUCCAUGGAGAACCAGGUGUCUGUAGACACUUUCAAAAUUCCAGAAGAUCCAAAAUGGGAAUUCCCUCGGAAAAACCUAGUUCUGGGCAAGACUCUUGGAGAAGGAGAAUUUGGAAAGGUCGUCAAGGCGACGGCAUUCCGCCUGAAGGGAAGGGCUGGCUACACCACCGUAGCGGUGAAAAUGUUAAAAGAAAACGCUUCCCAGAGUGAGCUGCGAGAUCUACUUUCAGAGUUCAACCUCUUGAAACAGGUGAACCACCCUCAUGUCAUCAAACUUUAUGGAGCCUGCAGUCAAGAUGGCCCACUCUAUUUAAUUGUGGAGUAUGCUAAAUACGGCUCCUUGCGCAGCUUCCUCAGGGAGAGUCGAAAAGUAGGACCAAGCUAUGUGGGUAGUGAUGGCAACAGAAAUUCCAGUUAUUUGGACAACCCUGAUGAGAGAGCCUUGACCAUGGGAGAUCUGAUCUCGUUUGCGUGGCAGAUAUCCCGAGGAAUGCAGUACCUUGCAGAAAUGAAGCUUGUCCAUCGGGAUUUAGCAGCCAGAAAUGUACUGGUGGCAGAAGGACGCAAAAUGAAGAUUUCUGACUUUGGCCUCUCCCGUGACGUGUAUGAAGAAGAUUCAUAUGUCAAGAGGAGCAAGGGUCGGAUACCUGUUAAGUGGAUGGCCAUAGAGUCCCUCUUUGAUCAUAUCUAUACAACACAAAGUGAUGUAUGGUCAUUUGGAGUUCUGCUAUGGGAGAUUGUAACAUUAGGAGGCAAUCCCUACCCAGGUAUUGCUCCUGAAAGACUCUUUAACCUCCUAAAAACAGGCUAUAGAAUGGAGAGACCAGAAAACUGCAGUGAAGAAAUGUACAACUUGAUGUUGCGCUGCUGGAAGCAAGAACCCGAUAAAAGACCAACAUUUGCUGAGAUCAGCAAGGAAUUAGAGAAAAUGAUGGUGAAGAGUAGGGACUACUUAGAUCUUGCGGCUUCCACACCUUCCGAUUCCUUACUUUAUGAUGAUGGGCUCUCAGAAGAGGAGACACCACUCGUGGACUGUAAUAAUGCUCCCCUCCCUCGAACCCUCCCUUCCACAUGGAUUGAAAACAAACUCUAUGGCAUGUCAUACCCGAACUGGCCUGAGGAGAGCCCCGUCCCACUCACAAGAUUCGAUGGCACUAACUCUGUGUUUUCAAGAUAUGCAAAUGAUAGUGUAUAUGCUAACUGGAUGGUUUCACACUCAGCGGCAAAAUUUAUGGACAAGUUUGAUAGCUAAAAUUUUCUUUGUGAAAGGUAAUGGACUACUGAGGGGGAACAAAGAUGCAAAGAAUGGAAAGUCCGCUGGCGCAUUCUUUGUGCAAUCAACUUCUCAAUUGGCAAAGCCUUUUUCUGGUAGCUUCUCAAAUGUGUUAGAAAUGCUGAAGACGAUAAUUGGUGAUUUCCCCUUUCAGGAAACAUAUCAGGCUGGAUAAGAGUCGUAGUUCCAGUACUUCUUUCUAGGUUGCUGUUUGGCAACUUACUGCAAAUGGCCUUGUUCUUAAUUCUUGCUUUAUUUCAGACUUGGCUAUCCUGUGUUACAGCUUUCUUGGAUGGAAAAAUGUACUUGAACUACUACUUUUAUAGUGGCUGUUUCCAUACAACCACUUGAUCUAUGUAGGAAGCACAAACAAUAUAUGGAAGGGAGGGGGGAAACAGGGUCCCAAAUUACUGAGCUUGCUGUGAGAAGUGUUACAAUGAUGACAGCACUAACAAAGCCAGUAUCUUUGUUUGGAAGCAAACAUUAAGUAACUCAGUAGAGGACUUGAGAUUCAACAUUUGAAGUCUUGUAAAAUGUAUUGUCUUGUCUUAAUGAGAAGAGAGUUUGUUUCACUAGUCUUAACUUCUCUUACCUUUAGCACAAUGAAGAUAAGUUUGAUACAAGAUAAGCUGUACAGACUGAUGGCAAUCAAGAGUGUUCAUCUGACACAAUUUAUUUUCCAUCAACUAUAUCUUACUAAUGUUAAAAUGUAGAAUCUUGUACAACCAUAAUUCCUCUUAUGAGUUUGGCAUAGAAUGUACAACAUCUUUACGUUGACUUCAGACAAGGAGAUUUUGUUUGCAGUCACGUUCAGUAGAUUGGAGUCCUCUCGGCUCCAAACUGGAUACAUUGCCAUACACAGGACACUUCCAUGAUGUAACUCCAAAUAAACCUUUUGCUUUGAAACUCAUGACUAAACAACACUUGCACAGCGAAAUUGGUCUAAAACCCUGCUGUUAAUCAAACUGUACAAGGAAAAUGUCAUCAGAGUUUGUUACGGGGAAACACAAAACUGUUGUGCUUACAACGCUGACUCGAGAUGUUGGAGGAUGAUCAGAAUGUGGGUCAUGUGUUGUGUGUGGACAAGUAAAUGAUCAGCACUGCUUUUGUUUUUAUUUGUAAUCUAAUAGGGUUAAGGAUAACUUUUUGUUUGCUACAGAUGUUGGGAUCUAAAUCCCGAGUGACUUCUUGUUAGCAUUGUGAUGGUUGUUCUAAAUAAUCCAGUUCUACCAGAGCUUGCUCCUGUCACCUACAUUCCAAUUUAGCUGUUUUCAAAUGUUGUUUUGUGUAUCAACUUUGUUUCCAUUAAAGUUUGUGAUUUCAGAAACGAGAGUCAAACUGCCAAAACCUGAACACAGAUGUUCAUUUUACAAAAAAACAGGAUAUAAAGUGCCAUGCUGGAAUUUAAACACCUUCACUGGUGGGUAUCAUACUUCAUCCUGUCCUGGUUUCAGACAAGCACUGGGCAGUGUGAUUCCCCCCCCCCUUUGUACAAACAUUAGCCAUGUUGUGUAAUGCUUAUGUACAGUGAACAGAUAAGGCUAUGUAUACAGGAGUUCAGUUGUGAUAUAACAAUGAUCUUCACUGGCACUGCAUACUUUUAAAAGCACUGAAAAUUAAGCCCAUUUUUAUAUGUUUUUUUUUUUUUGUUUUCUGUUCA